AUGUCUUAUUUGAGUGCUUCAGAAAAUGUGGGUUUCAGUGGUAUUACCCAAAAUAUAUCUGAUGCGAGUUGUGCUACACAGUAUAAGAUGGCAGUUGAGAGUGUGUCAGGAGGCUGCGGUAGUGAAGUAAACAUGUUUAUUCACGACAGUUCAGAAGAUGAGCACUAUAUUCCACACCUUAGUGAAAGUUACUUUCAUACCAAAUUUAAAAUAGAUCCAAAUGAUUUAUACACAUUUCAUGACUCCGAUGUUAUUGCUGGGGAAAUAACCGUAAGCCAUACGGAUGAGAGUUUGAUAUUUCCUGAUAGUGCUGAUACUAAAUCGAAGUUUUCUGAAUAUUCUAAUAAAGAAUUAGAUAUAUUAACCUCAAUUACUAAUGGUGAUGUAAAAACGGAAAAAAAUUGUAUCUUAACUAAUGGACAUUACUCACCAGUAUCAAACAAUGCCUCUGUUGAUCAAACUGACUGUAAAGCUAUACAUGCCAAAGUACAGAAAGCAAAGAGUCAAGCUAAUUAUCUGCCGAAGGUAGUGGAGGCACGAAAAUCAAGCAUUUCUAGCCCUAACAAUCAAAGCAAUCAACCUUCAACACAGUACGGUAUAAAACCAGCUACUAAUAUUGCUGCCAAUAGUGAAAAACCUUCGUCAACAGCAAAAUCAAAUGCUGAAACAUUCUUAGAUGUAUUUAAGAGAGAGCAAGGGCUUACAGAAAACUCCACAAUGACUAUUAAAACUGAACCAAUCCUUACGCCAAUUAAAACUCCUGCACCUGCACCUAAAAAACCUCAAACAGUUAAAUCAUCUCAAACAAAACCUCGAAAAGGCCGAGGCCCUAUUGUUCAUGAGGCUUUACAACGGAUACCUCAACAACGUCGUGUCUUGGCUCUACCGAACUCCUCAUGGCAUGCUCCAGGAGAAGAAAUGUUUCAAUGUGGCCCCCUUGACAACAAGAGGGCCAAUGCCUUCAGACAACUGGAGAGCAGCAGUAGCGAUGAUGAUAACAUGCCAGACUUUGAGUCAGGUUCUGGGCCAGUGUGUGUAGAAGAGAGUGCAGCAGAAACACGUGGGGCUCGGUUAGCAUUGCGCCGCGCUGCCAUGAGGCGGCAAGUCGCCAGGGCUGCCACUACUUUGGAAUUGAACAAAGGUCACAAGGAAUAUAAGGCUCUAGCUUCAAUUAUCAAGAGACAAAUAAGUGGCAAAAAUUCAUCAGGUCGUCUUCCUACACAAACUGUUAAUCAGUUGCUUGCAAUGAGAGGCAUGACUUCAGUUUUGACAUUACAAGACCGUAGGCGACUAAGGGAGAGUGGUUGGUCUGGAGGUGAAAGUUGCAAAUCAGAAACAAACAUAUGUUCGGAAGAGAAAUGCAUGCAGAGUCCCCUGCCUUGUGGGCGCUAUUGCUUGUCCCACGUGACCCUUGCACCGGAACAACGUUUGUAUGCAGCGUGUGCGGCGGUAUUCGCUGGUGGAGAACGUUGCAAACAACCCCUUCUUCCUCUUCAAGAACAGACACCGCUUUGCACUGAGCAUGCAUGGAAACGGGACAACUACGAGCUCCUCAGCCGGGAGGGCAAGCCCGCGAAGGCGGCCCGCAAGCGCGCGUGGGCGCCGCCGCGCGCCCCGCGCCCCCCGCGCCCGCCGCGCCGCGCCAGGCGCCGCCGCCGCGCCGCGCCGCGCCGCCCCGCGCAUACGCACUCCUUGUCAGAAAUCAAUGUAUGUUCCAACUCUUCCACCUAUGACAGUUCAGAGGACACAGUCAUCGGAGGUUUAAGUGAAAAUGAAUAUAUGGCUACAAAUAACUGUCAUGACAUGGAAGUGGGCCAGGUACCACCAGAUGACAUUUUGGAUCCAUCGGUUCUAAGCCAAAUACCCGACGAAGCAUUUACGGAAUUCUUUAAUCAAGCAGAGAGCGGCGCGGCGUUCGGGCCGGGCUGCGAGCUGGCGGCGGCGCUGGAGGCCGUGCUGGACGAGCGCGCGCUCGACAUGGACGUGUUCGAGCGCGAGCCGCACGCGCUCCAGCGCGGCAAGGUGCAGGUACCGGCAGUCAGUAUGGAGAUGUCAUCGAACGCGCCUUCAUAA